AUGUCAGGGCGUCUAUCAUCCGAUCAGUCUCGCUCCUUAUCGCGGUCGUCUCAGUCUCGAUCAGGUCUGGCUCACGACCCUGAUUCAAUGCGGCACCCAUCCAGGCCUGGUCGAUCUUCAAACCCCAAUGUAUUCUCGGACGAAUACUCACUAGAGCCUUUGGACUCUGAACAAUCGACCCUUACCCCCCGAAGCCUGUCUUUCUCGUCCAAUGCCUCAUCCCACACCCUUCGCUCCUCCCUCCCUCACCACCAGAAACAAACACCUGUGAACGAAGAUGACCUACUAGAGAAUCCAUUUCGAGACGAGGCCCGAGUUUCUUUUGACGAUGAAUCCCCUCACCGAUCCAGUCUACCCCAAAAGGGGUUUGAACUAUCAUACCGCAAUUCCAUCACGUCCAAUUCCUCCGCUCCCUCGACAGCGCAACGCAGUCAAAGCACAUCAUCACGCUUCUCAAUCCCACCUCGUGCCCUCAGUCCUUACACAGGUGCCACUGGACCAAGCCACCCAUACGCGCUGUAUCCGCAGCUCGGCGUCAGUCGCUCAGACAGCGUCGCUACUACAUCAACCAUCCGUCCUGUGGACGGUCCUCUAAUUGAGUCAAGCGGCCCACAGCAUCCGUACGCGAUGUAUUCUCAAAACGUUGUAGAGGAAGAUUUGGAGGACUCCUCUAUACCCCUCGGAUUUCCGGGUCACGGCCAAGAAUCAUAUCAACGACCACCUAACCGUGCCGCCGACGACGUAGGCGACCUAAUCGGACCUGACGGCUAUACUGAGCAGCUUCCACCUUAUUCUCGUUAUCCAGAAGGCACUUCACCCAAAUUAGAAGCCUUAGUUGAUGGACUACCGGAUGCCGCCGUCAUCUUGGACCAGCCCAACAGUAAUAACGAACGAGACCUUGCUGCGUCGGAAACCUCUUCAAGGACGUUAGUGGCGGGUAGUCAGCCGGACAGUCGCGCAAAUAGGCCACCAGAUGAACCACCCGUGACGGGUGUGAUGGCGUUUGAAGAAAAGUUGAAGAGACGGGGUAAGAAGCGCGUUUGCUGUGGCCUUCCGGUGUGGACUUUAGUCUUGAUUUCUGUUGUCAUGAUUGUUGGAGGCAGCAUUGGAGGUGCAAUUGGCGGUAUAUUGGGUGCAAAGAAAGCCGCCGAGGCAAGUGCUGAAGACGACGAACCAACGACCACAACUAUCACGGUCCCUCCUCGAACGGAUGCAACUCCAUUCUCUGGGACUCCGUACAAUGUUCCGCCAAUCCCAACAGGUCAGUGGACUAUUCCGGCAGUGCCGAAAAACCAGUCCAAGUUCUGUAUCCUCGAUCAGGAUCAAACCCCGACGUGGGGUUGUCUCAGCCAGAGGUCUAUUCCGAUUACUAUCGAAGGCGACGGGAAAGAGAAGAAGAUCGAUUUUGGUAGCAACCAAUUACCAAAGACUUUGACCUAUGGCGCUCAGGCGCCUUUCUUCACUCAUCCCACAAUGGAACUGAGCCUCGCGAUGGAUUCGAGUGACCUCAGUCUUGGACCCGCUUUAUCCUUUUUCACUUUUUUUGAUAAACUGAUCGUGGUACCGGAAGAUACACUCUCGUCGUCUGAUAUUUCGAGCCGGAGUGUACCGGAAGAACAGAUCACCAAUCCCCAUAGCAAGCGGGCGAGCGAUGUGGGAGAUCGGCCAUGGUUUUGCUGGUGGAAUAGUACUGUCAUGGAGUUUUUCCUUUACAUUAAUCAGACAACAAAGGUCACGCGGUAUGAUACAUCGAGUUCGCUAGUUGACUCAAGCUCAACCACCACCACCGACGACGAUGAUGACAACAAAGCUCUCACAACCGAUUCGCUCUCCAAACGUGGUAAUGACACACCAGACUAUUAUCCCCGCCGGAUCAAGAUGGAGGAAAAGCGAGAUUAUGCCCAAGCUCAAGCACCAUAUUGCCAACAGAUGCAAGUGAUGGAUGACGGCUCGAUCAAAGCGGUAUCUCCCGCAACAAUCGGAAUAAGCGUGAAUGAGCCAACACCAGCAACGACAGUUACGGGCACUGGAAGCGCCACUGAGACCUACACGGCAAUGGCACAAUACCAGAGCAUAUGCUACUGUGUUUCAUUGACCGAUUAG